UGUGUGUGGGUGCGUGUGUGCGUGUGUGUGUGGGUGCGUGUGUGCGUGUGUGUGUGCAAAGCAAUGGAGAGGAGAGCAGGGCAAGGGGUGGGUGAAGAGACGCGGACGGGAUGUGAUCGCAGGAGGAGGAUGAUGCGGGGAGAGGGGGGAGGGGGGGCUGUAGGUGGGGGUCUAUGGAGUGGGUGAGCGCGUCCGAUCCCCUUGCUCGGUUCGCGUGGCUGGAGGCGGCAAUCCGGGCCUGAAGCCGCCCGCGGUGAUUGUCGCCUCUGGGGAGGGGGCUCGCGGUGGUUGUCGCCUCUGGGGAGGGGGCUCGCGGUGGUUGUGGCCUCAAGGCGGCGAGCAACAGCAGCAGGAAGGGAUCCGCGGUUCCGCAUCGAGGACCUUGGAGGCUUCAACCCUCACGGCGCUGCCUCACGUCCACGCGACACAUCGCUGAGAACGGGCCCAUGCCACGCCCUCGCCUGCUCGACUGGGCCAGCUGCCCUCCGCACCUGCGCUUCAACAAGUUCGUGCUGGCCGGGUACCGGCCGGUCUCCACCGGCUCGGACUGCCUCCACAGCCUCUUCUACCUACACAACGAGUCCGGCAACAUCUACAGCCACGGCCUGCCUCUGCUGUGGUUCCUGCUGGUGCUGCCGCCAUCGCUGCCCUGGGGCCGGCUCCACACGCCCUGGCUGGCCGCCGCGCACUGCCUGGCGUGCGCGUGCCCGCCGCUCGGCAGCGUCUUCUACCACCUCUUCAUGAACCACACGGGGGGCCCGGCCGUCUACCGGCGCCUGCUCUGCCUCGACAUGUGCGGCAUCUGCGCCAUCACGUCGCUUGGAGCGCUCUCCAUCAUCUACUGCUCCUUUCUGUGCCGCCCCGUGCUGCAGACGCUCGGCAUGCUGGGAUACUCGGUGUUGUCGCUGAUCGCCCUGCACCGGGCCGUGUCGGCCUCCACCAACAACGCGCGCCUGCGAGCGUUCGGCUGGCAGGCCGCCUUCCGCAUGGCCUGCUACACGUGCCGCUGGGCUGGCCUGGCCACCACCUCGCUCGGAGCGGUGGCCGGGCUGGCGGCGUCCCCCGAUGCCGGCGCCGCCGCCGCCGUGGCCGACCCGUCCCUGCGCCACUACGUGCUCAUGGACCUCGUGGCGAUGGCUGGCGGCGCCAUCAACGUGAGCCGCGUGCCGGAGCGCUGGCUGCCCGGGCGCUUUGACUACUGGUUCAACUCUCACCAGAUCAUGCACGUCAUGGUGGUGCUCAGCAUCCUGCACCUGCACUGGGGCGUCGUGCCUGACCUGCUGCGCGCAAGCGACAUGCCCUGCCCCUCCUGACGCGCGGUGCUCCCUUGGUCCGUCUUUUUAAAAACUAAAAAACUAAAUCAAUAAAUUUGUACUAUGUUGUGUUGAUGCACCGGACUCCUGGUCACCAGCACCGCCGUGCGCGCGUGCUGUCAGGGAGGUUUAUUUAUUUGCUUGUCGACUAAAUAACUCUGAACGCGCCCCCCCCCCCCCCCCCCCCCCGCCAGAACUCCGAAGCCAAGUAGGGUAGAGCCCGGACGGUGCGCUUGCUGCGUGGGCGACCGCCGUCAUCGCAUGGGCAGCUGCUGCCGCUGUAGAUGUAGCUGCUGUAGCUGCUGCUGUAGCUGCUGCUGUAGCUGCCACUAGCUGCUGUAGCUGCUGCUGUCAGUCUACGUGGUCAGCAGCAAAGAGCAGCGCAGCAGCAAAACCCAUUGCUGCUGCGCUGCUCUUCAGCGCUGUGGCUCCGGCGACGUCUGCGCUAUCCGCCGUCACCAAGCCGCACCGACCAAAGUGGUGGAAGUACGGCCAGGCAGUCUCCGCGACCCAUGCAACGGUGAAUUGACGAAAGGGCUGCACUCGCCCCCCACUGCGUUUUGCAGGGCCGCCGGGUGUCGGUAAAAACUUUUCUCGUGAUUGGCCGCGGUGAAACGGAACGCGGCCGUCGGAGGUGACCCCACCGCCGCUCCCAGGGAUCGCAGCGUGGCACGAUCGGCUCGGGGGUGGGGGAGGGGGGGGGCUGGCGCGGGGGACGCUUCGCGGGGCCCCACCUCCAUCCGAGUUCCCUUCCCCUUCGCAGCCCCCUGCGAUGGGCAGUGGGCGCUGGUGCAGUUGCACCGCCUGCGCCGCUCGACGACUCGCCGAGCGUGCGUGCGGCCGAGCGUUUGCGCGGCCGGGGUGGUGCUUGUGGGAGUCUGACCGCGGUAAUGUUUUCUACACCGCGCGACCAUUCGUUUUUCCCCCCCUUUUUGCAUCGUUUUUCUACAAUGCCGUGUCGCAGCUGGAAUGAACACGUCGCGAGCUUUUGAACACGUCGCGCGCUUUUGAACAGCGGCGAUUAUUUCUUCGUAUACGUGUUGGGCAGUUUGUGCCGAGUGUUCCAUCUCUUGAGCUCAUGCAAUCCGCCGUGGAAGUAUUACUCGAGUGGUGCGUGUUUUAAACUUUGCGUCGUACGGUGGUUCAACGCCUCCUCGUGGAGGUCCCCCAACCCGGUGUGUGAUGUUCAGAAUCGGAAUCGUUAUUUUCAGCUGGAAGAAUCCGAUGAGCUCUGAGAACUCUUUUUCCACAGGUGCCUAGGAGGGGCACGGGGUCAGAAAGGUACAACAACACGAUGCCGGCGGUGUGAUGGCGAGCCAGCGCGCUGGAUUUGCAAUCCGCAGGCCACCGGUUUGAUUCCAUCUUCCCCUCGUGGGGGCCCCUUACACCAGCGGUGGCGUGAGCAGGAAAUUGCAGGGCUGUGCUUUUUUUUUGUCCUCGACCACGAUGUGGGUCAAAGGAAAAAGGGGACCUCUGCACCAAAGGGCUUCCAAGAGAAACAAUUGGAAUAAAAUGUUGGGUGAUUUUGUUUUAUCGCGGACAUUAAAGCAAAGCGUGAUAACGAAUAGGGUCGACUAGUCGCUGUGCAGAUUGUAGCCGUCGCGAUGUCCAGUUCGGCCACCGCUAAACAUUGCAACCUUUACCCACGAGAGAAUCUUCACGGAGUCGAAACUGCUUCCAGGAAUACCUUUAGCUUGAGAUGUUUGACUAAUUUUUUUACAUUAAAAUCAUAGCAUGAAACCAUAUUGUUUGGCGUAAACCCACGUGCGUUUAUAAUGUGUGGUAUGUUACUUUGUUUACCGCUGAGUGUCGCAGUUUAAUUUAAAAUUCAGAAAUUGGCCAUUUUAUAAUUCGCUAUCGUGGUUUCACCGAAAUGAUGCCAAUGCAUUUACAACAUUUGACAUCUCAAACAAAUAACGUGAAAGGUUAGUUAACAUGCUCCCAAUUGUAGUUGCAAUGAAGGAGAUGUUUUGAUAUAAUAUUGUUCUUGCAGUAUUCUCAAAUUGUUAAACCAAAAACAGCGGGAGAUUGAAUACGCCCUUUCCAUAGACAUACAAACCGAGACGGCAUGGUACGACGGGUUGUUUUCCACCGGCUAUUUUCCCUGUCGUGCCGGAAGCAAAAACCCUGACACCCCGGCCUCACCCGACGUCGGAAUCUGGCUCGGGGCCAAGCAGGGCCAGGGAUGGAGGUUGAUGACACUCUUAGUUUUUGUGAGGUAAUUCGGUACGGAACUCGGACGCGGUGUGACCGCAUCGUCGACCUGCGUCGAGACAUUGUGCGCGCGUGAUCAUCGGCGGCACGGUUUGGGGUUCUGCAGUGGAAAAACAACGUGGGGCUUCCCCAAGCUGGGGCCGGCUCAGUACGGCUCGGUUGUACAUUGGAAAAGCAGUCCAAUAGAAUUCCAGCAUACAACCUGGGGUGCUUCUUGUGGUCUUUACACUUUUGUUUGUUGUAUUUUAAUUUCCCCGUGGAGUUGAUGGGAUUUGUUUUAAUCGGCCUCCCGGACGGACACCGCCACGGUGAUUGUGAACGCGUUCCGCAAAACUCGCCGACAGGUUGGGGAGCCGCCUGCUCCAGGUGCUGAAUCUGACCUUCAGAGACCCCUUCUGGCAGGGAGCCACACAAUGAGACACGCCACACCUCGGUCGCGUCUGUGACUGCAAGGAGGCCCCCUGCAGUGACAUCCAGAGACUGGGUGUGCUCACAUUGGUGCCAGUCCGAAAAUACCCCCCCCCCCUUUCUAGUGCCAGAUUAGUACGGCGGAAAUUAUUGCGGUGACGGAAAAAUAUCGUUGACGGGCUGUUUGGAAACGGUCGGCCCUAUGUGGCCAUGGUCCACGUGGUAUAAAUCGACGGGUGGAGGGCCUUGUGGGGCGCCUUACGUGGGGGGCCUUACGGGGGGCCUUGCAGAGGCCUUGCGUUCCCCUCCGCUGCUCUGCAGGGCAGAGCAGUGUUUUGAAAUACAUGCUAACAUCAUUUGUCAGCUAUGAUCAAUCCACUGCUGGAUGAAGGCCUCCCCAAGCCGACGCCAUUUGUCAGGGUCCUGUGGUGUAGCGAUCUCUCCAGCAGCUGCGUCCAUCUCAUCUCCUCUGGACGCAUCAUCUCAAGGUCGCCGCCUUUGCCUGCCACUCCGCUCUCAGUCUUGACCGUCGGCGGUCAUCCCGCUCGUGACGCUUCCUGACCAAGCCCACUGAGCAGUCGAUCGGACGUCUCUCCCACUGGCGCGUGCUGCACUUUACUGAACCUGUUAAGCCGAACGGUACCCGAUGCAGGAUUUCUGCUGUGAGUCACGUGGCGUAGAACAAUGUCGUUUUCCACGUUGCUCCGGUUUAUAUGUUGAACUUCUUUGGCGCCGUACGUAGCCAACAGUGGGAAUCGGAGGUGCGGGGGAAGGAUAAACUAAACACGAAAGCAAUUUUAAAGAAAUGAGUUUUAAAUCCAGAUUUGAAUGUGCACAGCUCCAGUGGCUUCCUAAUUCCUGAAGGAAGAGCGUUCCAGACGGCCGCAGGAGCGCAUUGGAAAGCGCGCGAUGCGGUGGACCGUCUGGAACGCGUGCCGCGACACACGAGGAGCCCGCGGUGGCGGCAGCAGCGGCUAGCGGGUGGGACAACGUUUGGCUUGGGAUGCCGUGCGGGCAUCGUAACAGUGCGAGGAAGCCGGGGCGCGCGGGGAAGUGUUCUCCCUCUUCAACUCCGGCUGCACGCAGCCGUGGAAACUGCUUUGGGCGCGUUGGGGGUUGCCCCCCCGUGAGACGAACCCCCCAGGGAUGUAAUUGAGGUUUUUCUCCCUGCUCUGCCAUGGUCAUUAAAAUCCGUCACAUGCCCAAAGCGAUCGCCCCAUGGCGCUGUCGCAACGUCACGAACGGUGCACCUCGACUGAAGUCAUCGACAUGCCGCAGGGCUGAACUCCGUCUAUGGCAUUAACUCGGUGGGCAGCAGCAGACGGCGGUGCAGCCAAGUCGUUAAUUGCACUACGCUUCUAUGCUCCCCCACGUCUAUUAUUCCCACCUUCAACCCAUAAGAACCGUCAUGGUGAUGUAUGGUCAAAUAGCCCCCCACCAACGACCCGCUGAGUUGUGGGAAGGCUCUCAUCCAGCAGUGGAUUGACACGGGUGGGGGAUGGUGGUGGGGGGGGGGCUGUGUGCACGAGGAGGGGGAUGGUGGCGGCACUGGCGAGUCGGCGUGCGCUGUGCCGAGGCGCGCGCGCGCUUUUGAGCCCUCGGAACGUUGAGUUGUCUUGAAAUUGAAUACAAAAAUAACGCUUUCAUUUUACACGGCGUCAUUUGUGCUAAAAGCAUCCCAUAACGCUGUACAUUAAUUAUAUGAGGACCAAAUCCCACGUACAGCCACUAACAAGCAAAUGAAAACACUACAAGGACGGAAAUUUAACAAAAAAAAUAAUAAAGGAGUGGCACCAAAACAAAACAAAAAUUAAGUGAUCAACAACAGCGAAUUGAGUCCACGAGGUAUGCGACUACGACCACACAUCCCAGACCACACUCCCAACUUCCCAACCAAGCCAGGAAACCCUCACAGGAGGUGGCGAACCAACCAGUUCUGGCUCAUUCAUUCCAAUCGCUCCAAUGUCCACAAAGCGAUUACCGAUUUUUCAGCGUAUGCCCCGGAUGAAUGAAAAGGGCCUCUAGUUCAGAUUUGAAUGAUACUGUGAUGGAGUCGAUUUGUCGGGUGUGGAGUGGGAGGGUACUCCAGACUGCAGGGGCUACCGCCUGACGAGACUCGUUCACCCAAUGCGUUCGAGUCUUGUUUUUGGGGUGGAGAGCAGAUCUGACGACGAUGAACGGGGAACCCGGGGAAGGGAGUAAACUGAAAUCGGAGGGGAGAGGUGGGCCCGUGAAUAAUUUUGCAAACGGCGAGUGCACUCUUGAAGGGCGAUUCUGAACUGAGCAGGGUGCCAGUGGAGGGAUCGUCAAGUGGGUUGUAAUAUGUUGACGCUUCCAGGCAUGAUGAGUGAGUGAGUCCUCUUGCGGCUGCGUUGUGAACGCGCUGCUCACGUUGGAUGAGAGCCGAAGCGAGGCCAAAUAACAGAGGAAUUUAGUUCACCAAGUCUUUAAAAGUUAGAAAAAAAGUAUCUGGUAGCUUACUUUGAGAUCUAGUUAGUAACAGUGGUGGUUGUGGGCACGACGUAUCUUGGUAAACACCACGUGCUAUAUAUAUCCAGCCGAACACAGUCGCACUUCGGGAGAAGCUGACAAGCUCCGUUCACAAAACGGCUGUCCGUCAACGCGUCAGGAGUCUUGGUUUGUGGUGCGCAGUCUGAAUAGGCCGGGGCGACUCGUCGUGACGGUGGUCUACGAGCGUCUUUCAUUCGUUUGAAUAAAGUGCAAGGCAUCAAAUGGAA